ACCCUCUCUGCCAUGGAAGGAAGGCACGUACAAUAUAUAUUUAUAUAUACAAAAUAAUAAUAAAGCUAUAGAUAUAGUGAGAGAAAGUGGAAACAAGGACAUUGAAGAAAGAGAAAAUGAAAUAGUUUAUUUUGAUAAUCCCGAAAGCUUGUUUGUUUCUCCUCUCUCUUGCUGCUGUUACUGACUGCCAUUGUUGGAAUCUGAGCUUUGGCCACCAUAAGUAAAAGCUUUGGUCUUUGGUAACAAACUUUCUUCAACUUUAUUUUCUUGUUGUACUCUUUUGGCUCCUUCUUCUUCUUCCUUAAUUUGUACUGCUGUUGAAGUUGACAACACACAAUUGAAAAAUGUGAAUUUGGGGAAAGUUUAUCAACAAAAGAAAAAAAAAAAAGCUGUGGUCCAUCCAUUGCCAUUCGCUUUCAUGGCUCAUUAGAUCUUGUUUUGGCUUUUCUCUCAUUCUCUGGUUUUUGUAGUUUCGUUUCGAACCUUCUCAUUUCAAGCUUUGAGUUUCUGAAUUUGGAUAUAUACAAGUGUAUGUAUAUUAUAUAUAACGACUUUUUUUUUUUUUUAGUGAUCUUGGAUUUUUCUUUUUGUUCAAGUUAAAAAAAACAUUAAUUACUGCUAAUUAGUGGCAGUUACGAUAAAAGUUCAAUUUUUGAACGGUGUAGAUCUCGCCAUUUUAAACAGUUACGUCACCAUUUAGAGAUGUUGACGGUUGGAUUCUAGUGACGUGGCGUUUUCCCGACGUUACAGUUUCAUGCUAGCUGUUCUCCGUGGGAGAAAAUUAGUCAAAAACUAAAGAAAAUAUUUUCGUUUUUGGUUUUGCUUUGAUUGAAAGGUAGAAAAUUUGUUAAUGGUUUAUAGCUGGCUUAAUAUUUAUAUAUAAUUUUAUUUAUAGAAUUAUGUGUAGUUGGAGUGGAGUGAGAUAGUGACUGACUCAGAAUGAGUGAGAUGGGUUUGUGCUUUAUUAACAAUUUGUUCAUUGAUAUUUUCUUGUGGUUUGUGAUAUAUUGAUUCCCUAUGCUGAUGAUUUUUCAUACCCAAGAAUCUUUUCAGACCAUUUAUGCCGUUAUGCUGCAUAGUGCAUCAUCUUCUUUUUCCCUUUUUUUAAUACUAUUUGGACUUUUAAACAGUGUGAGUACAAAAAUAGAAUAGGCUUUGUAAGCUGUUCCAGGGUCACUGAAGAAACGGCCAGAGGAAGAAUUUCAUGAGCUUCUGCAUUUGAUUGUGGUUGGAGAACUAGAUAUUGUUAGCCAUGAAGGAAGUUGACAAAAAGAGAAUUCCAAAUAAUAAUAACAGGACAAAGCGCUCUACUAAUAAAACUGAAAAGAAAGAACCUAAACUUAACCAAGGCAAUCCUGGAAGAACUAUGAAUGGGAAAGAAGCUCAAUCUAAAGCCCCUAAUGCUAAGCAACAGUCUAGAACUUUAGUAAGUAACUCGAACACUGGCACCGAGUCCUCUGAAGUUUGUGAAAACGGGGUGGCACAUCAUGUGGAUGGUGUCAACAAAUCUGAAGUUAAAGGUGCAAAAGCCAUUGAUAUGAGUUCCAAGGAGAUCACAGAUGGAGUUAUGGAUGGUGAUUCUACUGACUUGGAUAAAGAAUAUAAGCAGGGUAAGGAAGAGGUUUCGGAUUCUGAUACAACUAAGGAUUCAGUGUCAUCUCAAGGGGAUUCUCUGACAGCUGAAGAUGAGAAAUUUGAAGAAAUAGCUUUAAGUGUUCCUGAAAGUAAUUCUAAGAAGAAUUUCAAAGAGGUAUCUGAUCAACCCAAGUCAUCCACCAACUCAAACAAGAAGCCAUCUAGUGAUACCAGCACAUUUUCUUCACAGAACAAUUCAACAAAUUUGAGAGUCCUUCCUCAAUCUACAUCAGAAGCUUCUGAAAGUUUUGAUGAUAAGCUUGUUGCAGAAGUCGAUGGAAAUGAUACAUUGAAUGAGACUUCAAAUGGACUCAACUAUGUUGCUGACAAUAACGGUCAAGUUGGUGCUGGAGAAAAUAAUGAAAGUGAGAAGGAAGCAGCUUUAGAGAAAAAGAUCAAAUCAAUGGAAAUGAGAAUCGAAAAACUUGAGGAAGAAUUACGAGAGGUUGCUGCUCUUGAAAUUUCUCUGUAUUCUGUUGUGCCAGAACACGGGAGCUCAGCACAUAAGGUGCACACCCCAGCUCGUCGCCUUUCUCGAUUAUACAUUCAUGCUUGCAAAUAUUGGACUCAAGACAAACGAGCCACCAUUGCUAGAAACACAGUAUCAGGGUUGCUUUUAAUUGCAAAAUCAUGUGGUAACGAUGUUCCAAGGUUGACCUUCUGGCUAUCGAACACUGUCGUACUGAGGGAAAUCAUUUCUCAAGCAUUUGGUGGUUCGCGUCAGUCAAGUCCGGCGAUGCGAUUGGCUGAGUCAAAUGGGAAUGGAAAGAGAAGUGAAUUGAAAUCUGCAACAAUGAAGUGGAAGGCGAGUCCUGGUAGUAAACAGACAAAUGGUUUUUUCCAAUUUGUUGAGGAUUGGCAGGAGACGGGAACCUUCACAGCUGCUCUAGAAAAAGUUGAAUCCUGGAUUUUCUCUCGGGUGGUUGAGUCAGUGUGGUGGCAGGCUUUGACUCCACAUAUGCAAUCUCCAAUCGAGGAUUUUUCCAAUAAUAAGACAGCUGGAAGAUUGUUAGGACCAGCCUUGGGUGAUCAAAAGCAAGGGAGCUUUUCCAUCAAUUUAUGGAGAAAUGCUUUCCAGGAUGCAGCUCAAAGACUAUGUCCAGUUAGAGCUGGCGGGCACGAAUGUGGUUGUUUGCCUGUACUUACGAGAAUGGUUAUGGAACAAUGUAUUGCCAGACUAGAUGUGGCCAUGUUCAAUGCCAUCUUGCGCGAGUCAGCUCAUGAAAUUCCAACUGAUCCAGUUUCAGAUCCAAUUGUUGAUUCCAAGGUCUUACCUAUUCCAGCUGGAGAUUUAAGCUUUGGAUCUGGUGCACAACUUAAAAAUUCGAUUGGCAAUUGGUCUAGAUGGCUUACUGAUAUGUUUGGCAUGGAUGCUGAUGAUGCGCCACAAGAAGAUGAGAAUUGCAGUGAGGAUGACGACAAACAGCGUGGAGAUGGUGAAUCUAAAUCUUUCCUUCUUCUCAAUGCCUUGAGUGAUCUUUUAAUGCUUCCAAAAGACAUGCUUAUGGACCGAUCAAUCAGAAAAGAGGUGUGUCCCUCAAUUAGUCUUCCUUUGAUUACGCGGAUACUUUGUAACUUCACUCCAGACGAGUUCUGUCCAGAUCCCGUCCCAGGAACCGUAUUGGAGGCCCUAAAUGCUGAGACCAUUGUCGAGCGGAGACUAUCAGGAGACAAUACGAAAAGCUUCCCUUAUACAGUAGCGCCUGUUGUGUACACCACUCCAUCCCCUGCUGAUGUUGCAGAAAAGUGCGGCGUUGCAGAUGCAGGAGGAAGAUCUGAAAUGGCAAGGAAUGUAUCUGUUAUACAUAGAAAAGGAUAUACUAGUGAUGAGGAACUGGAGGAGCUGGAGUCUCCUCUUACAUCGAUCAUCGACAAGUUGCCCGCGUCCCCAAGUGUAACUUCAAAUGGAAAUGGUAAUGGAAGACACAAGGAGAGCACAGGCUUUGCUUCCACAAAUGAAAGGUAUGAGCUCCUCAGUGAGGUUUGGUCUGUGUGAAUGUUGGAAGAGUUAUUUAUUUUACACAUAAAUAUAUGCUGAUUUCUGUAUCAGUUUCAGCAAUGAACUGUUGAGAGAAUACAUAGAUUAAUUAAAGUUGUUUAUAUUGGAAAAUGAAUAGUACCAAAUCAUGAUCAUUUAUUACAAAGUCUUUAGAAGACUUAAUUAAAAUGUGGUCAGGUCACAGCUUUCUUGUACAUGAUAUGAAUUUUUGUUAUCAUAUAAACAUUUAAUAAGAUAUUACAUUCCACUAA